GUAGUUAGACGACCGUCCGUCUCAAAAAAACAAUUGUUUUCAAUCUACCUGUUAUUUAUACACAAAAAUAACGUGAGUGCAACGUAUCAAACCGCCCGACAUUCUAGCAACAUCAGCGUCCGAACCGAGUCUCGACCACUGCUCGUCGCGGCGGGCUCGAUCAGCUGUCAGGAACCUUUGACGUGUAGAACACAAACAAAUUUGUUAACGUGCUAUGCUGUUAUCAUGAACGCCACUUUUUACGAGCAACUGGGCGGCGUUGCGGGGGUUUUUGAGCAGUGGGGCGCCUGCGAGCGGACGGUGGUCGCCUGUGCUUUGGCGCGGCGCGUUCCUGUGCCGGGGCUGAGGCUUCUUCAGAGGGCUGUGGACGCGGCUUUAAGAGACCACGGACCUGAUGAGAGACUGGAACGGGACGCCAAUGACGAGACGGUCCUCGCAGGGCUACUUGACGACGAAGACGAUGAGGGCGAAUGCCUCCGUCGCCUGCUGACGCUCCUCCCGCUAUUGCGGACUGACAACACAACCGCGAAGGACCUCUACGUGUCGGCUGCGCCGCGGCUGGUGCAGCGGUGUGUGGACUCGCGGCGGCCCCCUGAACUGUGUUUACAGUUGUUGAGAUAUUUGCUGGUGCAUCCAGCGCUCACAGCUAUGGAUCAGAGAACACUAACACAAUGGCUCCGCUACCUAGAAAAUCACAUGUCCGGCGCACGACCCGACUCAGUCUGGCAACAACCGAGCCUGCCCGAGCACAACAUAUGGGGCGCUUCCACCUUCCGACGAACCAUCGGCAAGAAUGUAGACUUCAGACACCUCACUGACCCCAUAGAGCUUACCUUCUCUACGGACCCACUACAAGAAUCAUUCUCAAAGAACGGCAGAGAUGUAGACAUAAGCUUAGAAGGAGAUAAGUUAACCUUUGACGCUUGCAUAGCGCAACCAAAAUCCCAAAGAUCAAGCAGCCUCACACCGCCUUCGACAAACUUCAUACACAUGUCUUCAUCCGCUGAAAACUUAGCAGAUGAACCAUUCGUUCAGAAACCUAGAAGUUUUUCUUUAUCAAGCGAACACAGUUUAGGAAUAAGGCCUAUCACAAUGUAUGGGACGACGGGGAGUGAGACAAGACUUGACGAUUUGAGGUCGAAUAAGUUUACAGAGUUCCCGGGGAUGUCGACGGUGGCUCAGUGGCUAAAGAGUUUGAGGCUACAUAAGUACGUGUGGUUGUUUACUAACAUCAGCUAUGAACAGAUGAUGGCGAUUGAUGAAGAGUAUUUGGAGAAAUUAGGAGUAACAAAAGGCGCCCGCCACAAGCUCCUCCUCUCUAUAAACAAACUGCACGAGCGGCCCGCGGUCCUCGACGGCGUCGCCGCGGAGCUCACCAGCGGAGCGCCCGGGGCCGCCGCCAGAGCCCUGGAGAGGCUCCGACAAGUGCUGCUGAGCCCUAUGCCUCCGGAGUCACCGCUACCGGCUCAAAUUGUUGGGGUUUUGGAGACUGCGUCGACAUGUAUCCCCGAAAGCGCAGUCCCGAUGCGGGACAUGGAUGAUGACGAGCAACGGGACCCCAUGUCGCUACACUGUUGGCUCGUUGAGAAGGCGCUGCACCACGGCUCGUUCCGCGCGGCGGCGCUGCAGGCGGCGCUGCGGCGGCUGCGGCACCGCCUCCCCCCGCGCACCUUCUACCGCCACGUCGGCGACCUGCCGCCGCGCCGGCAGACCAAGCCGCGCUGGCGAGCCGGGCCGCAGUUCCGGGGCGCGCCGCGCGCGUGGCUGCCCCCUCCUCCCCCCGCGCGGCCCAAGUCGCACUCCUACCCGCCCUUCCCCCCCGCCGCCGCCGCCCUGCUCCGCCCCGCACCCGGCGACGACUACUCCAGCCUCGACGCGCUCUGUCUGCAGAUGACCGAGCAGGCCAUCAACUAGACCGACUCGCGAGGCUCACAUCGGUAUGAUUCCCGAGUGCAUACUAUAAAAUAUCGGAAACGCAAAGACGCGAUCGAUCUCGCUUCUGAUUCGACACUUUUGCCACGGUCCGAACGCGCCGUGUCCGCAGAUGACUGAACGGGUGACCCGUUUCUCAAAACUGAAACUUACGAGCGGAAAUCCAUUUGUCAUAUUAGACGUCGACUACCACUUGUAAUUGUAGCUUCGAGAAA